CCGAUUAGGCGUCACCACUUUCGACUCUCAAAUUCAUGACUGCGCAUUUCUGCUCGGAGACGCUCCCGUCCCGUCUGGAGAGGAGACAGACAAAGCCGCCGGAGGGACUCAUGGGGACUCGUCUUUGAAGGACAGUGAACCAGAUGUCUUUUCCCACCUGUCCGGCCCGCCUGUGUUCGAGCUGUAGCGGAGCAGGACGCGCCGACCUGAACGACAACACCGCCGUACCGUUGCUAACGUUACCCUGCUGCGGCCAACAUGGCUGAGGAUGACAGCGAGUGGGUGGUGGAGAGCAUCGUGGGAUACCUGGGGAGUCCUGAGUGGGUUAUUCCUGUCACGGACUUUAUGGAAAACAAAUGCACAGUUUUCGAUGAUGAAGAUGAAAAUAAGUUGUCAUACACAGAAAUCCAUCAGCAGUACAAGAAGCUGGUGGAGAAGCUCCUGGAGAAUUACAUGCAGGAGGUUGGCAUCAACGAGCAGCAGUUUUUGGAUGCGUGCACCUCUCCUUUUGCCAGGUCCAAAACUCUGCAGACGGUGUUCCAGCCAGUCCUUGCUACAGAUGACUUCCAGAUGUUUCGCUCACUGAUGAUCCAGAAGAACAUGGAGCUGCAGCUUCAAGCUCUCAGGGUCAUUAAAGAAAGGAACGGUGCUCUACCUGAGUGUCUGACUGAUGGUGUGGACGUAAUGUCAGAGCUGCAGCAGCAAGAGAUGAAGAUCCUGCAGGAGGUUCUCAAAAAGUCCAAAGAGGAGUAUGAUGAGGAAAUGUCCAGGCGGAUGCUAUUAGAGGAAGAGGUUGGCUCCACCUCCAGCAGCUGCUCUGAUAAGCCAGUGGCAGAGAGUGAUGUAGCCCAGAAUACCACUUCUGCUCCCAGCCAACAGAGCAACGCUGCCAAGGUCAAAGCUGAGGUGAAAAGUGGCAACAGCAGCAGUAACGGUCACCACACCCCACUCAUGAACGGAAACACUACCACUGAAUUUACCAUGGUGAACAGCAGCCCUGUCAGACCAGAAGGGAGCAAGACAGCUGCUGCAGGAGAUGGACAGGUGAAAAGUGCAGCUAACAGCAGCUCCUCCUCUAAACCCACACAAGACUGUGGCAGUAACGGUGUGGAGUCCCGAGUCCUUCCAGCAGUGAGACCUCCAGUGAAGUCCAGUGAGCUCAUCAGCAACAGUCACAUCAAGGAGCAGAGCAGCAGCAGCCAGACUUCAGCUGAGACGUGUCUGGAGGAGGCACACAGGGAGGCCGGCUUCUCUAAGCCAUUUACUGAGUUGUCGGCGUCCCAGCAGGAGCAGCUCCAGCAGAGGGCAGCGUACCUCCGUCAGCAGCGAGACAAACUCCACGCACUGAGGAAAGAGCAGCAGAAAACCAAGCAGCCGACCAAACCUGAGGAGGCACCCAGUAGCCCCACACCAGCACCCUCCACCACCCCGGAGGUAGCGGGGCAGCCUCAGAGGAACGGGGCCUGUUCCCCAGCUCCUCCUGCUCCUCCUCCUGCUCCUCCUCCAGCACAACACCCCACUAACUCCUCCAACAAGAAGGAGAUAUCAGCUGAGGAGCGGAAGAAACUCCAGAAGAGAAAACACCUGGCUGACAAGCUAAAAGAGGAAGUGAUCAAGAAGUAACUUCCCCUCCCAAUGCAAUAUUCUCAUUUCUAUCCACCGGAUCUCUUUUAUUCUGGUAAACAAACACGAGGCUUCCUUUAUGCUGCCCCAUAAUUCACUGUACAGAUCAGGGGUUUUGUUUUUCCAAAGAAAAAGUACGAGAUCUUCCUUCUUUAGAGUUUCUUUUCAUUGCUGUCUAAAGAGCAAAAAGGUGCAUCUUUUUUUUUUUUUUUGAAUAUGCCAGUAUAUGACAGUCUCUACUCGUAACAGACCAACUCAAGUACUUGAAGAUCUGUUAGGAUAGUUGCAUUUUACGGGACUGAGAAGGUUCAGAAAAAGUCACGCACAGCUGAAAAGCACACAGGCCAGUUAGAAAACAUGCUGCCAAUGGUCAUAGACUUGAGUGGAGGACCCAAAUAGCUUUUACUUAAUGUUUUGAGACGUGCCUGGGCUGUGGCCAAAAUCACUCUUUAAGUGCACAACUUUACUUUGACACUUUGGAGGCCAGAAAAUUUUACCUGCCAAAUUUAUGGGCAGUUUAAUGCCCUCAACAAACACUUAAUUGGCACACAAUAUGCAUUUAAAUCUUGCACUGUUGUUGAAUUCUAAUAAGCCAUACAACUAGCACCUUUCAGUUUUCUUACAUUUUAUAGCCAAUAGAUAAGUCUGCAGAUUUAUAGUUAACGGUAGUAAUAGUUUGUUCCCCUAAUUAUGUCGCAUCAGGGUGCUUCACCAUGAUUAAAUGUGAAAAUUACAAUUAUGCAACACUACGUCUGAUGUCUCAUUUUACUAUUUACAGUGACUAUUACGAAGGGAGGAGGAGAGGAGUGAUUUUGGACACAGUUACAGGUUCGUUUCUCUGCAGAAAACAGUCAAAAUUACCCUAAGCAGGCUGUGAGGAGUCAGACUCAGUGAGUUAACCUGUAAUGAUGACUAAGGUAAUAUUAGCUGGACAAGUACACAAUCUUAUUUUCCUUAGCAUUUCCAAAGGGAAGCAGGUACAUUGUUUACGUCGUAGCAGCUAAUGCUAGUUUUAAAAGUGCUGUGGAAGUUGUCAAGAUGAGCAUCACGUGUUCAUAAAGGGGCCAAGAGAAUGAAGAGUGCAGUAUUUGUCUUCAAACCUAUCUGGAGUCUUCAAUUUAAGCAGUCAUGAUGCACCAGUUUCUAUGUAAUAUUGUUAUCAUGUAUGCUGUUUAAUAAAUCACAUUUUAUAGGAAACAA